UGCUCACCUCGUAGGAGCCAGUUCUUCUCCAACUAUCUGGGCGAUGCGUUGUGUAUGCCAUAUCUCAUGUCAAUAGCACUUGUCGACUUGAUCUUCUGGCCCCAGACGUCAUCGAAAUAGAACACGCGCACCUCUUAUCACAAGCAUUGGUUCCCGACUGCGAUCAGGCAAAAACCCAAUCUCAUCAUGGAUUAUUCUGCAUCGAUACAAGAAGAUCAUCCUGCGGGCACUUCACCGUGGGGUUCAUCCCCAGUCGCUUCUCCACAGCAUCCAAGGACAAGCUCAUUUGGCGCACCUGGCGAUGUUCCUCCGUCCCCAACGCCGUACCUUUCGAAUCAAUCAAGCACAGGGUUUUCACAAGACGAUACACUUGGCGGGGGAAGCUAUCAAGGAGCAGAGAGCAGCGUUGGGGAAGGAUCUGUGACUGAGAGCGAUGGACACCGGCCGAAUACCGCAGACUCGAUUCGCAGCCAGCCUGAGCAACAGCAGACCUACCCAGGUCAACAGCAGCAAGCUCCACCGCAACCGCAAUACCAGGCGCAACCUCAUAGAUCAGAGCCCCAGCGAUACCACCAAACCAAUCGUCAAGGGCAGCAACCUCAAGCUCCUCAGUACAAACUACAAGCUAAAAUAACGGGCCUUGAGAGAACUGGGAGAAAAGACCCCAUUUUGAGAUUCGAUGUCCAUACCAACCUUCCAAAGUUUCGAACUACCCAAUUCCGCGAUGUCCGAAGAACCCACUCCGAAUUCAUGAAGUUGGCUGAUCACUUGAUAUCCUCGAAUCCCGAAGCCCUUGUACCUGCAGUACCACCUGCGUUGACAUCUGCCGGUGCUGGUACAGAUGAGGAUGAAGCCCGCGUCAAGGCAUCGCUCCAAAGGUGGCUUAAUUACGUUUGCGCAAACGACGUUUUGAUGAGGGAUGACGAGAUGGUCCUUUUUGUUGAGAGUGAUUUUGGGUACAGCCCGAUGUUGAAGAGAAAACAGCCGGCAACCGGAGUACGCAGAAAGGUCAUCAAGCAAUUCGCACCUCCACCCGAUGACACGCCGGAGCUUCAAGAGGCUCGACCUGUUGUAAAACUGUUUUAUCUUGGUACAAUGGAUGCAGGACAUAAGGUAGACAAGUUAGUUAAGGCUCGGAGAGGCCUGGGACUUGCAGAGUCCGAUUUUGGCGUCAAGCUUGGCUCAAUGAGUGUGCAAGAGCCGCAUCAAGGACUAGCAACUGCCUAUCGGAAAUUGGGCAAGACCAUCCAGACCACUGGCGAUUACCACGCCGCUCAAGGCACUGCUGAGGCCACAACGAUCGGCGAUCCCUUGCAAUAUCAUUCGCAAGAUUCGUUCAUCGUGAAGGAGACGCUCACGAAUCGCCACAUUCUCCUGCGCGAGCUGUUGCAAGCGCAGCAAUUAACACGAAGCAAGCUGAACGCAGCAGAUAGGCUGAAGGCAAGCUCAUCUGUGCGACGGGAGAAAGUCGACGAGGCUAUCUCAGCAUUGGACGAGGCACGAAGUAACGAGCUGUACUUGCUAGGUAAAACCCAGCGGGUAACGGCAAACCUUAUGCAGGAGCAACGCCGCUGGUUCGCUCGAACCUCAGCGGAUCUUCGACUCAGCAUCCGCGAAUAUGUGAUUCGAGAAAUCGAAGCAGAGCGUCGAACUCUGGCCACGCUUGAAAGUGUCAGGCCCGAUAUUCGGGCAAUCGAUUCUUCCGGUGGUCUCAGUAGGCUAGGCCGUGAGGCGCACCCCGCAACUCGCAGAGCAAGUUUAGCGGCCAGCCAGGGGCCAAAGGGGGAUGCGUGGAGCGGUGUACCUCGACGCCCCGAUGGGUUGAACAGGAGCAUUUCAGGCAGUUUCAUGUCUAAUGUUCCAGAAGAGAAUGGCGAAGAGCAGACAGGGUCGGGCCGAGAGAGAGCGCUCAGUGGUGCGAGUGCUGGUGGUCUUCGCGGUGUUAAGGAAGAAGACGACGAGGAUAGGGUCGAUGCUAGGAAUGCUGCAGCUAGACUCGCGACGAGUUCGUUUUAAGCCUCAGCGAAUCGCCUUUAAUUAACCGUAGGGGAGGGACGUAGUUUAUUUGUAUGUAACCUUGGCGUGUGUUACCCACACCUCGUGUAUAAACUUUUUCAGAAUCGCACGAUCUCUCCCAAGUCAGCGGCCAAAACCUCUGUAAUUCCUGUGCAAUGGAAUGCUUCAAGUAAUGUUUGCUUGUGAUAUAGACUAGUCAAAUCAGUGCUCCCCUCUUGUCAUCGUAUUUCCGCUCACCGCUCUGCCUAUUGCAUGGCGGCCAGCAUCCGACAGCUCCAGCCACGGCUCUGAUCUUCUUGGACCUUAAGAGCGCAUCUUCAGUGUAAGCCCUAAUCCUUACCAAAA